AAAAUUUAAUAAACUAUAUCUAAGUUAUUAUUCGGUUAAUUAUAUUAUAUAAAUCUAAUUAUUCUUGUAUAAUGUUUUACAAAACUUAUUCUAUUUUAUUAAUUUUUAUUUGUGAAUAUUUUUUUGAAGAUGUUAUUGGAAAUAUACUUUUAAUUAACCCGCAAGAAGUGAAACUAGAUAAUGUAAAAAGAAAAUUGGGUAUUUAUACAAAAGCUCUGUGGAUUACGGAGGAAUAUUUUAACAGCCCUUCAGAUUUUAUCGACGGAAUUUUUUAUGAUAUAAAUACUGAGCGGCUUAUGAAGAAAUAUUGUUUGGAACCUUCUAAAAAAUAUUUAUUGUGCGGUCCUUUAAUAUUGGAUUUUGAAAAUAAUGAACAGAUUUUUGCAGAACUUUAUGUGAAUUUUAAUAACAUCAUUGAUGCAAACAUAAAGAAUAAAGACAUAAUAUAUAUUAAAAUCACUUUCGAAAAAGACAACGUUAUUUUAAAUUACAAAGGAANAGAUAACUAUUUCGAAUACAAUGUAGAAGAUAUGAAUAAAAAAAUAGAGUCAUUUAUGAGCAAAAUAAAUGAUUUUCUUCAAAUCAAGAUAAUUAAAAUUCAAACCAGUAUGCUGUAUAAUAAUACAUCUUUAAUAAAUGAUACGGUCUAUGAUGAACAAACCAGAAAUCGUCUAGAAAACCUUGUGAAUUCGUCUUUAUGGAAAUAUGUCGAAGAAGAACUUGUUCAAUCGUACUUCCCUAGACUACCCCAUACAACAAUUUACGAUUUCAUUCUUAAUUCAACAAUGUACAGGAGUGAUAUAGAAUUCACUCUUAAAAAAGCAAAAAAAAUCAUGUGCAAUCGAACUUAUAAGUAUGCGAUUUUGCUAAUGGUAUAUGCCUAUGAGGCACUAAGAAUUGAUCAUUGUACAACACCAUAUUGGGACCAAUUAAUAUAUAAUUUAAACAAAUUGAGUAGUACACUAUUAAAGUUGAAUGGGGACGAAAUAUUAGAACAAGAAUUACAUAAAAUUCAUGAAGUAAAUAAUGUAUUUGAUAUAAUGUGUGUUUUUAAAGGAUUGGUAAAUCAUUAUACAAAUAUUUUCUUAAGACCCCAACAAAUUGAAAAUAAUAAUUAUAAAAAUAACUAUAUAUGGGAAAAUAUUAAAGAUGAAGACAUUCUAUCACAAAAUUUAUUAGAUAGAAUAUUAAAAGGAUUACCAAAUCCUCGCAAAUACAAUUUUGAACGUAUACCAGUAAAUGUAUGUGGAAUAGAAAGNAUACAAUUUUGA